CUUAUUCCGAAGUUUGGUGGGGUUUUGCGGGACGAGACAACCAACCAGUUGUUGCGGCUCUUUGAAGAGAGAGAGAACAAAAUAUUGGAGUGAAAGAGACGGCGACUGCUAUGGAGAUGGGAUCUCAGUGUCACCAGCAGAAUCACAACUUCCACCACUACUACUAACAUCAACAUUUCCAUUUCCCAUUCAUUUCACUUCUUCUGUUUCAGUUUUCUGUGCAGUUUCUUUUGGGUUCUCUUAGAAGAGAUUGAUGGGUUCCAGAUUCCCAUCUCAUCAACUGAGCAAUGGCCUCUAUGUCUCUGGCCGGCCUGAGCAGCCAAAAGAAAGGACUCCAACAAUGAGUUCAACUGCUAUGCCCUAUACUGGUGGCGAUAUCAAGAAGUCGGGAGAACUGGGUAAAAUGUUUGAUAUCCCCAUGGAUGGCUCUAAGUCUAGGAAAUCCGGACAGUUAAAUAAUGCUCCUUCAAGGACUGGAUCUUUUGGAGGUGCUGCCACACAUUCAGGACCUAUUACAUCUAGCACAGCAACUCGGGCUGGGUACACAUCAGGUCCAGUAUCUUCAGGUAUGUCUGGUUCAACAUCCAUGAAGAAAUCAAAUUCUGGGCCACUUAAUAAGCAUGGCGAUCCUCUGAAGAAGUCAUCUGGUCCCCAAUCUGGUGGAGUGACACGCCAAAAUUCUGGCCCCAUCCCACCAGUUCUUCCUGCGACAGGUCUUAUUACAUCUGGGCCCAUCUCUUCUGGACCGUUAAAUUCAUCUGGGGCUCCAAGAAAGGUUUCUGGUCCUUUAGAUUCAAUGGGAUCUAUCAAAAUACAUGGUUCCUCUGUUGCUCACAACCCUGCCGUGACCACUCUUGGCCAAGAUGAUGAAUAUUCCUUCAGAAGAAAUUUCCCAAAGCCAAUACUGUGGUCUGUAAUUCUGAUAUUUGUGAUGGGGUUCAUUGCUGGUGGUUUUAUUCUUGGAGCAGUCCACAAUGCCAUUCUGCUUAUUGUUGUAACAAUUCUUUUCGGCACUGUUGCUGCAUUAUUCAUUUGGAAUACUUGCUGGGGAAGAAGAGCCAUCACAGGUUUCAUUUCUCGUCAUCCUGACGCUGAACUGAGAACUGCAAAAAGUGGGCAAUAUGUGAAGGUUUCUGGGGUGGUUACCUGUGGUAAUGUACCACUUGAGUCAUCCUUCCGGAAAGUUCCUAGAUGUGUCUAUACAUCUACCAGUUUAUACGAGUAUCGAGGAUGGGAUUCUAAGCCAGCCAAUUCUACACAUCGUCGUUUUACAUGGGGACUCAGAUCAUCUGAGAGGCAUGUCGUCGACUUCUACAUCUCUGACUUUCAGUCUGGAUUGAGAGCAUUGGUCAAGACUGGCUAUGGUGCGAGGGUGACUCCUUACGUUGAUGACUCUGUUGUUAUUGAUGUUAACCCAGAAAACAAAGACUUAUCUCCUGAGUUUGUACGAUGGUUGGGAGAGAGGAACCUUUCAAGUGAUGAUCGUGUAAUGCAAUUGAAAGAAGGGUACAUCAAAGAAGGCAGCACGGUUAGUGUGAUGGGCGUUGUUCAGAGAAAUGACAAUGUGCUUAUGAUUGUGCCUCCACCUGAGCCAUUUACGACCGGAUGCCAAUGGGCCCAGUGUAUCUUCCCAGCUAGCCUUGAGGGUAUUGUUUUAAGAUUUGAAGAUACAUCAAAAAUUGAUGUCAUACCUGUUUAGGCCAUCACUCUUUUGUGAAAUAUCUGAACCGAUGUUGAUGGUGGUGAUGGUGAUAUUUGUAGUCAAACAGUGGUUGUAAGUGUGUUGAUGCAGAUGACAUGGUGCUUCUUCUCUUUUUUCCAAUUUGUUUUUUCUUCUCUCUCUCACUCUCUCUCUCUCUCUCUUUUCUCCCAACCUUUAGCUUGGUAUAUAGCUUCUAGGUAUAUUUCAUUCCAUUUUUUUUUUCCUAGGGUUUGAAAGCUUUUGUAAUGGGUGUGGCUUGAUGUAGUGAGAAAUCUUACUUGUUUGAUCAGACUGCGGUUAUGUUAAAGAAAGAAAAAUGUUUUUGAGUCA